AAGAAGUUUCUAGGAGAACCACUCUAAUAAUAUGUUUAUUUUUUAUGUUCUCAUAUUACGUAUCACACCUCUGGUAGAUUUUCUUCAACUUUUAAUUAAUUAAUUAUGUUUGUUUGCCCUAUCUCUCCUUUGUCUCAGUAUAAAUUGAAUGAAUGCAAGUGUAUUACAAACCCAUCGCAUAACUUUCUUUACCCUUAAGGCUUCUUCUUCUUUGCAGCUACUACCAUAGUAACCCAAACAAAAAGAAAAUCUUAUAUAUAUAUAUAUAUAUAUAUUAAUCUAUCAGCGAUUAAAGCAAAGGGAGGAAGUUAUCAGAAGAAGAGAAAAUGGGAGUGGAAGGAAGCAUAGAAUACAUAUCUGAAUUGUUAAGCAGUAUGAAAAAAAAGAAGAAGAAGAAGAAGCAGAUACAAACUGUAGCACUCAAAAUCAGGAUGGACUGCGAAGGCUGCGCACGGAAGGUCAAGAGUGUUCUGUCUGGAGUUAAAGGAGCUAAAACAGUGGAAGUGGAUUUGAAGCAGCAGAAGGCAGUGGUGACAGGUUACGUAGAGGCAAAGAAAGUGUUGAAGGCGGCACAGUCGACGAAGAAGAAGGUGGAGCUGUGGCCGUACGUGCCCUACACUCUGGUAUCAAACCCUUACGUUUCUCAAGCUUAUGAUAAGAAGGCUCCUCCUAAUCAUGUUAGGAAGGUGGCCGACACCGCCGCCAUAACCGAGACCACCGUCGAUGAUCGUUACACUAAUAUCUUCAGCGAUGAAAAUCCAAAUGCUUGUUCUAUCAUGUAAAUUAAAUAUUUCUUAAUUAAUCAAGCUUUUUAAUGUUUAAUUAUUUUAUUACUAUUAGUACUUUUGGUCAAUUUUGUAACAUAUAUAUAUAUGUAUGUAUGUAUGUAUGUAUAAUAAAGGUAGAUAUUAAUGGGGCUCUGAUGCUAUUAUGUAACCUAUCGU